AUGGAGAUGACAAAUGUGCACUCAAAUCUGCGUUUUAAUUUGGUCUUGCUGGGAAAAACUGGAGUUGGGAAAAGUACAUCAGGAAAUACAAUACUGGGAAAAGAAGCUUUCACAUCAGAGGAAAGCUCCAUUUCAGUCACUCAAGAUUUUGCUGGUGAAGAUGCCGUUGUUUGUAAAUUACCAAUCACGGUUUGUGACACACCCGGGUUUUCUGGUUCAGAGAGUAGGGAAGAGCUUAGGAAAUAUGAAGAGUUUCUGCAGAAAUGUGAAUCAGGCCUCUGUGCGUAUCUGAUGGUUCUCCAGUGUGACAGAUUCACUGAAAAAGAUCAAGAAGCGGUGGAGAAGAUUGAGGAGCUACUGGGAGAAAAACGCAUGCAGAAAUCCUGGAUUCUCUUCACUGGAGAAGAUCAACUCAACAAUGAAAAUAAGAGCAUAAAUCAACUCAUUAAAGAGAAUGAAACCUUGAAGAAACUUAUUCAGAAAUAUGAGGGCAGAUUCCACAGCUUCAACAACAAGACAAAUAAACCAAGUGAUCAAGUCAAUUCUCUGAUAUCUAAAGUUUUUAAGAGGAACUUGGAGAAUCUACCAAAACAACCAAAGCAAAGAAUUCCAAUCAACAUCCAGGAUGUUCCUGUCGAUAGCCGUUUAUCCAGACGGAUUGUUCUCCUGGGUAAAAGUGGUGUUGGGAAGAGUGCUACUGGAAACAUAAUACUGGGAGAGAAGAAGUUUUUCUCUCAGAGGAGCCAGAAUUCAGUAACCAGUGAAUGUUCAGUGCAACACAACACUGUUUCAGACAGAUCUGUGUCUGUAGUCGAUACUCCUGGAUUCUUUGACACUUCUAUUAAAACUGAAGAGUUAAUGAUGGAGAUAGCAAAAAGUGUUUAUAUAUCCAGUCCUGGACCGCACGCUUUUCUCAUUGUUCUCAGAGUAAUUGACAGAUUCACUGAACAGGAGCAGCAGAUUCCUCAGAUCAUUGAGAUGUUGUUUGGUCAGGAGGUGUUAAAAUACUCCAUCAUUCUCUUCACUAAUGGAGAUCAGCUAGAAGGAGAGACCAUAGAAGAGCUCGUUGAGAAGAACAAAGAAUUAAGUAAACUAGUUGGUCAGUGUGGAGGCAGAUAUCACGUGUUGGACAAUAAAGAUGAGAAUAACAGAGAUCAGGUGAACGAUCUACUGCAGAAGAUUGACACAAUGAUAGAGCAGAAUGGAGGAGGACACUACAGUAAUCAGAUGCUUAAAGAUGCUGAGAGAUUCAGGCGAGAAGCAGAAGAACAGAGACAGAGAGAGGAAGAGGAGAGAAAACAACGAGAGGAGAAACAAAGUAAAGAUGAGAUUGACAGAGUGGUGAAGGAGACAGAGGAGAGAGUCAGAAAAGAGUUAGAAGAUAAAGCAGAUAGAGAAACAGCGAGCAAAAAAGGAUUUGAAAACUUCUUUUCUGAGUACAAGAGUCAUUUUCAAAUGGCAGCUUUUGUUGUUGGUGGAAUAACUGCCGGAGCAUUGGUUUUAACUGGUGUUGGAGCUGGUGUUGGAGCUGGUGUUGGAGCUGUUGUAACAGCUGUUAGUGGUGGAGGAGCUACUGUUACAGGUUCUGUUGCUGGAGCUUCUCUUUCAGCUUGUAUCGGUGCAACGGCUGCGACCGGAGCGGUUUCUGCCGGAGCUGUUGGUACUGGAGCUCUUAUUGGAGCUGGUGUUGGAGCUGGUGUUGGAGCCAUCGGUGGAGGUAUUGGUGGAGCUAUUCUUGGAGUUACUAAUAGUAAAGUUUCCAGUUGA